UGGGGACAACUCACACGAUGAUAGGGAUAAAUCCUGUUUCUAGGGGUCACAGUGAAAAUAAUAGCAUGUAGUGUGUUGCCUGUAUGCUGUGGCUUAUUGAGAGUGCUUCCCUUUUUGGACCCUUCGAAGUAAAAUUAAAUUACAGCGUAUGAAUACAGUGACCCACAACGAAAUCUACGUCGAAUACUGACACUGCGAGAUGGCGGAAGUGACGGAAACUCAGGACGGAAUCGAGAUGGUGGAAAAGAAAAAAGAUGAAGGAAACAAGAUGGAAGAAAAGCCAAACGAGGAAGAAAAAGACGAAAAGAAAAAUCAUAAACCAACAUCGCACGGUCCGGAUUCCGGCGGAGACAAGUUUGCGGAACUUAUCAGUAGACUGUAUGGCCCAGACUACAUUGCCGCCCGGAAGCUGCUCAACCGGCGACUGAAGAAGAAAGGGAUGGGGGCGAAGCCGGCGCUGUCGUUGUACGACCGCAUCAUGCUGUACAGGAAGAUGAAGGAAGAUGAGGAGGAACCUGAAAAGAAAGAACCUGAAGAACCAAAGAGAAAAAUAGACAGGACAAAAAGCAACAACUCUCUCGACAGCGUUGAUAUCUCUCAAUACACAAACAACAACAACGAACCGAGAACACCAACACCGAAACCGACGGUCGUCAGCCGACAGGCAACGCGCAGGUCCGGAAGUGCCCAUGACCUUAUCCGGCGGAAGCGAGAGCAGCAAGACACUCUCAAAGUUGAAGACGAAGAUGUGAAAGCAACACCACGUGACGUGAUUGUGGACAUCAAAGAAAAAGAUGAGAUAAUCGAGGAGAGAACCACGCCGAUAAACCAAACGCGCGAGACACGACAGGAAAAGGUUGUCAGGGAAGAAAGGACAGUCUUACCCCCAGUGAGGUCCGCCACUCCACAGCGCCCUCCAUCGACAACGUCCAACAAGUCAUCGGAGGAGAAGACAACUCUUCCUCCAAUCACCAAAGAAGAGAAGGUAAUUCAGGAGAUUAAGGAAGAGAAGGUUGUGCAGAAAGAAGUUGUGCGCGAGACUCGAACCACAGACGUUGCUGUUGCCAGCGCUGCCGUUGUCGCGACCCAGUCGAGUCGAUUACGUGAGGAGAGGGUCGAGAAAUCGGAUACAAAGAAGGUGGAAAAUUCUAAGAUUAAGAAUGAAGAAAUCAAGAAAUCUGAUGUGUCUGAAACAAAACGCGAGGAGACCAAGAGUGUAAACAAAUCUUCUACCAAGUCAUCAGAGAAAUCUGAAGAUGUCAGUAGGGAAGAGUCUAGUCAGAGUAGAAAGGAAGAGAAACACGUGACGAAAAUGGAAGAGAAAAAAGAAGAGUCUAAGACCGACAUCGAUGAAGAUGAUGCGCGCGCAAUCCUCACAUCACCUAGGACGCCAAGGGAGGCAACUCCAGACGCUCAACCGGAGUCUCCGACUCCUGCAACUCCUGCAGCUAAGAAACCUCCCCCUAGUCGCAGCAAAUCAAAACCGCCACCAGAGGCCUCGGACACGCUGCCUUUUCCAGAGGACGAUGACAUAGAAGCGCUGGACAAACUGGCCGAUUACAACCUCAAGUCGUUGAUGGGCGAGCAGGUUGGGGAAGCGCCAGAAGUGAAGAGCGAACUCUUGGACAAAGUCUUCAGCUCCGAGUUUCAGAGUAAUAUGGACAAUUUCCUCGCAGCCAGAUAGGCUCGCGUCGACCACAGUCAUAUAAACAUUUAAAGGUACAUGUUCUGCUGUUCAGCGAAUUCGAUGGGCGAGCAGGUUGGGGAAGCGCCAGAAGUGAAGAGCGAACUGUUGGACAAAGUCUUCAGCUCCGAGUUCCAAAGUAAUCUGUACAAUGUCCUCGCAGCCAGAUAAGCUUGCGUUGACCACAGUCAUAUUCAUAUUUAAAGGUGCACGUUCUGUUUUUCAGCGAAUUCACACACACACCCGCCCCCUGUCCUAGAAUCGGCCACUGGAUCCAGGGUAGUCAUGUCUCAACAUGGAAUGAAUGAUGCGCAUGUUAAUCAUGUUUCAUUUUAAUCUUGUUCAGAGAAUUGUGUGUUUCCAUCAUAAUACCAAUCUGUUUGUCGUUCUAAUAGGAGCUAAAUACAUGUCACGCAGUUUAUCAUUGUACAGUAUUUUUGGAUCGUAGCGAACUCUGUGAAACUUUUCGUAUCCUCAAAAAUCAUUUUCCAAAAAAAUAAAAUAAUAAUGUAUAUAGAAAGUCUGCGUCGCCUAUCUGUCAAAAUUAUCCUGUUUUAAUACGAAGCUGCAAUAUUCAAAUUCCUGGACUGAGGAGCGGACGAAAGUCGACGCCUGCACCCAUGACAGGCGUGUGCUACAACAGCUUGUUCUGAAUGUGCUCGUUAAAACCUAUGAAGUGACGUCACGCGUUAAAAUGGUGGUCAUCCUGAUUAAAUUUCAACAUAAAAUAGACGUAUAAAUAGUAAUAAGUGAAAUUAUUUGGAUGUAAAAAAUGUAGUUAAAGGCAUAUGUUUUUUUAAGAAAUACAAAUAAAUCUUUCAGCUCAUUAAGCAACUUUGAGACAUCCAUUUUAAGGACGUAUAUGUUUCCGAAUUCAACACUGUAUAUCAUUUCUGUUUUAUUAGUGACCUUUGACCUAACAAGACUUUGUUAAAGAUAGUUGGCCCGCUGUUAAGUAGUUUACUCUAUUAUAGGGAAUUUCUGGGUAUUAACUACGUUUAUGGAUUUUAGCAAAGUAUAUCUUUAUGGUAUUAUUUCUAUAAUUAGUAUAAUUGUUGCUCAUUACCGACAAAAAGGCAGGUAGUUUACCACGACUUUCGAUAGGGCAAGCACGUUUUAAAACGGCCAAAUGUUCACGUAUCACUGCAUUCGAACUUGUAUUUCUAAAGUAGUCACUAAAAGUGAAGUCACAACGACACGAGUGCAUUGUACGAGAAUACCAGAUGGUGACAAGACAAACAUUAGGAUUUCAUCGGUUGCGAUGCAGUCGUCUAGUCUCGUACGAGGCAGUCGGAUCGUGUGGAGUGGCCUUAAUGUGUGUCUUGUGUGACAAGAGUGAUCCGUGUCUUGAAGAUAAGUCCGGUUUUUAGAGGACCACUCUGUAACAUGGGCUGUUGGGACAUGUACCUUUAAUAUGUUGGAAUAUUUUGUUAUUUACUGGUCUCUUUACAACGACAAGAGACGGUGGCGGUCCAGGAACAGGCUUUAAGUGGGGUGGGGUGUUUUGGGGGGUUGUUUUGUUUUGUUUCUUUUUUGUUAUUUUUUGUUUCUUUGUUGAGGGUUUUUUUUUAGGGAGGAUGGUGUUUUUUGUUUUUUCCGUAUUUUGUCC